GCGCUGUUGAACAGGCCUCUGGUAAGAAUCGUGAUCACGUGACGAAAACAAUCCCGUCUUUUGUCGGCACCGUAUGCCAAGGGUUUAUGAGGAGAGUAGCGUAUCAGAAACCUUUGGCUAGCAAAGAUGCAGGGAGGCUAGAACAGGGGAGACUGGCCCACAAAGUACAGAGGGCGUGCAGUCCCAAUCAGGACCUCAACAACUUAGAGGAGAUGAUGGACACCCAGUUCUCAGAUGUUCAGGAGAAGGAGAAACUAAUACCUCAACUUCCUGAGAAUGAGCCAGUAAGACUUUUCCCAGCCCGGGAACCCCCUGUUGCUUUCCGUAAACAAUCUGACCAGACUGUCCCCUCUCCUGUGAAUUUAGAGGAGGAUAAGGCAUUGGAGAGGCAAAAUUGACCCCACCCAUCUUCAUGUUGUGACGUCAUGCUUAUCUGAAGAAGAAAGAGAUGACUACAGAGUUUUAGUAGAGAGCCUUGGUGGCAAAAUGUUGGAUGGACAAGAUUUUGACCCAUCCUGUACCCAUUUAGUUACUGGUUAGUAACAAACAAAAAAAAAAAAAAAACAGAUGAGAUACAAUAAAAUAAAAGAAGAGGAAACGGUGUCAGAGACAAAUAGGAAGAAGACAAGUGAUAAUUAUUUUUCACAGUCAUGAAAACAUUAUAAAAUUGUGACUGUUCUGAUAUUGAAUGUAUUUUUAAAUCCUGAAAAAGUGCUGGUGAUAGCUAUUUAGCUGUAAUGUAAGAAUUAGAUAGAAUAAUAAAUAUUGAAAUGAA